AUGGAGACGUUUAGGAACACUCUUCGCAACAAAUGGACUAAACAUGUCACUGCACGAAGGAUUAGAAGUCUGUGGACAGAGUAUACAAAGGUUGCUGAGAUAAAGGACCCGAGCUUGAUGACAAUCAAGCUGAACCACUUCUUGGAUUCAUUCCAAGAAUCAUACAAGGACAUGCUAGAGUCUGGACAGAUCAAGUCAAUCGACCUAGACAAGAUAUUCGGUGAUUGCUCAGAUAUAUUGGUGUCAUUGUUGGAUCUUGUCGAGCGAGAGUCAAACAGACAGGCAAAGAAGGGCUCAUCCGCUGAUACCAAUGAGGAUGACGUCACACUACUAGUCGAGUUGAUCAACAAGUCUUUAGGUGUUGCAGAGUUGAUUCUACAUGACGAGAAAUACAAGGUAGUUGUGAAGGAGACACCAAAUCUAAUAUAUAGGAUACUUACACUGUUGGACACAUUGAGUACGAGUGAGAACAAGAAGAUAUUGCUAAGGAUCAUCAGUGCCAUUGGCGAGAACCCUGACAACAAGUUGGAGAUUGGAAGAUUGGAGGGUUUCAAGAAGCUGCUGGUGUUGAUGCACAAUGACAAGGAGCUGACGCGCGAGAUCCUCAAGACAAUCAAACACUUUCUCGAUGUCAAGCAGACCUCUGCUGCGAGCGAGGAGGAGUUACUGAAGCUCAUCAAUAUGAAGAAGUCAUUGUCAAUGUCAUCCAUUGGUGAGUUUGCAAGACACAAGAUAGGAACAGUAGUGUCAGAGGGAUUCAAGGUGAUUGUAGGUGAAUUCCAAAAGGUAUUCUCGCCAAACGAGUCUGAUUCAAUGCCAAGGAAGCUCUCCAUUGAGAAGUCAAUUGGUGUCAAUGAGAUUGUACAGAACUCGUUCAUUCCUAGCGCAGAGACCAUUGAGCAGGAGUUACGGCUCUUGCUUGGAAACAUCAACAAUAGCAACAAUAUCAUCAUUGGCAGUAGCAAUAAUAGCAACAUCAGUAGUACCACGACCACUACAAUGUCUCACAACAACAAUGACCAGACUGCAACAACGAGCACGAGCAAUUGCAGCAGUGUGGCAGAGACACAGGUGGCAACAGAUUCCACCACCAACACCACAUCGUCAGAGGAGGAGAUACUCAAGGAGUUCAUGAGAGUGCAGGGCGCACUCACACUGCUCGCCAACUGCAUUCAGGAGGCAGCGCUUGUCGUCCAACUGGACCUGCUCGAGACCAUCAGCAAGCUACUAUACAACAACCAGAAGAACCAGAUGGAGUUCAGGAACAUGGAUGGAUACUCGAUCCUCAUUCACCUGUUUGACAACUCGCACGACUUUGCCUCGCAAGAGGGCGGUGACUUCUUGGACAGCUGCUUCUGUCUGAUCUUUGCCAUCAUAUUGGACGGUAGCAAGUCCAAGCGAGUCAUGAACAUCGAUGCUCUAGAGUUCUUGUUCAACGUCCUGUCCAACUCUGCACAGACAGAGGUGCGUCUACAGACACUCACCUGCAUCCAGGACCUUAUCUCUAUCAACCCACUCAACAUUGUUAGCAUCAGACAGGUUGGAGCAAUCGACAAGUUGUUCCAAUUGGUUUUGGAUGUCCAUCAAAGAGACAAGGACAAUGUUGACGUGAGUCAAGACGAUAACGAAGUGAAGGAGUCCACCAAGUUGCUAUUGGCAACUAGCGAGCUGAUACUGUAUCUUGGAGUGCUGUUCAGUAAGCACAACACUGAUGUGUUCCGCAAAUAUGUAGAGCUUAUCAAGAUGACUACAUUGUCGGAUACACUACAGGUCUUGUUGUUGUCCUCAUCAAUCACUCUUCUCUCCGAUACUAUAUAUCAUCAGACACUGGUCGAGCAACACCUUUUAUCCACAUUCAUCGAUGUCAUACUUCGAUACCAACGAGAGGUGGUCACACUUCAAAGUGAGCAACAGCAGCUGGACGAUGACAAGAAGCAACCAAUGACAGAGAAGGUACUUCUUGUAUUUGAACUCAUUAUUAUGUAUAUUAAAUAUUCGGACGAUGCCAGCAAGGAAUUCUAUUCAAAGAUUGGCGACAGGAUCAAGAUGUUUGUGAUGUUCAUCACAAUGCCUGACGACGACGAGGUGUUCCAGGGCAGCGAUGUGUCUGACCUGUGUAUGUGGAUCGUCAAUGCGAUCGUGGCAAUGGAGCACUACCCUCACCAGAGCGUGUCGGUGCUGGUGUCCUUGCUGGACGACCAAUCGCUCUCUGCCAACAAGAAGGAGAAGCUGUGCUACUGCCUUGCCGAUAUGAUGCGCAACCUGCUGCCCGAGCAACGAUCACUCAAGAUUAGGUUCCAAGAGUGUGGCGGUAUGAACGCUCUGUUUGCAAUUGCCAAGAACACGCGAUCGCCCCAUUCCCUCGUCUACGCUGCUCUGGUGGCCCUGUGCGAGGUGUGCCACGGCUGCGAAGAGAACAAGUGUGUUCUCGACUCGUCGGGCUACAUGGCCCUGUCCGCUGCAGUCAAGUCGACACACGUUGUCAUCGACGAGUAUCUCUUCCAGAUGUUUGUCGAGCUGGCCAUGAACAACAACGUCGUCAUUCGCUACGACCAGAACUAUUUGGAGCACAACUUCUCGCAUCGCGUCAACCACAUCAUCGAGAACAUCAUCGAGCCCCAGCCACAGUACACCUCGAUCCUACCCUACUCCAGACGUCAGAUCGAUCUCUUCUCGUCAAAGUCCCUCAAGCAGCUCACCAGCGGCAACGCAGGCACCGGAAACAAGUCACUGGGCGGUAUCGAGAGCACACAGCCAACAACGGAGUUGUAUGGAGACGAGAUCAAUCUUGGCGAGGACGAUGAGUUCACCAAGGACUCCCCCGUCUCCAGUCCGUCAAGCACACCGAUCCACUCACUGUCUGGCUCACUGAAUGGAAAUCAAAUGAUGAACACGCAUCACCUGCAGAGCAACGUUCACAGCCACUCUGCACAGAGCCUGCCUCAGGUUCACUUGCCCAUGCUCGGACGACCACACACUCAGCUCUCAUUGCUCGCCAAUCACAGCAAGACCACUGGCAUUGUUCGUGUUCCAAGCUUUAGGAAUCUGUUCAGCGGCACGCGCAGGAACAGUAUUGGUUCAUGGGCUGGUUCAUUCGACGACCUCUACGAGGUGUGCCAAUCAUUCAACGAGACCAACAGUCUGACAGAGGCUUCACAGAUUGGCAACAGACGCUCAACACUGAUCAAGAUGCGCACUGGUGUGGAUGAUGACAAGGAGACACUAUACUCUUACACACUGCUCGGUCGCUCUAAGCUCAGAUCACCCGAUGCAGCACUCAUGUUGAUCGAUCUCCUGCCGCAGUCGCCCACGCACAUUCAGCAACACAAUCUGAUACUUCUGAUGAAGAUACUCGAAUCCAACCCACAGAACAAGAAGAUGCUCUGUGCCGCACAGGGCCUCAAGUUCCUUCUCUACCUCUCACAUCAGGCGCCAGAGGAGACUCAGUCCUACUUUAGCCGUCUCAUCGUUAUCCUUGGCCUAUAUGAUAUCAGUCCAUCAGAGGUGCGACUGUUGUUUGACCUGGCAUGCUUCCCUGCAUUCGAGUCACAUCCCCAACUGGCGCAGCAUCAGCAACAUUACACUUCUACACCACCCCUUAGCCACAACCCAAUCAACUCGAGCAGUGGCAGCGGAAGCAGUAGCAGUGGCAACAACUUUGGCGAGUCCAACAGCUCCACCCCCUACUCGACACAGAAGAGAGAGCGAAACAAGAAGCACGAGCUACAGAUGCAGGUCCUCUACGUCAUUGGCACGCUCACAGAGCGCAAGGCACCACCCCUCUACUUCAACUUUGAUGGCUUUGACAGCUACAUCUCGGUGGGAACAAUCGACAAGUUCCCCAGUCAGCGCAGCGGCUACACGUUCAGCUGCUGGAUCAAGACCAACUACUUCCUGAGCGACGAGGCAGGACUGUUCAGCUGGCAGGACGCAAGCGACAACAACAUAUUUGACGUAUACUUCAAGGCAAUGGGCAGACACGCUGACAGCAAGCGUUACCUAUGUAUGCAGACGCGCAACUAUCCUUCGCCCCCCGAGACCUUCUUCUUUGACAAGUUCUCGUUCUCAGAGUGUGGCAGCUGGCAUCACAUUGUCAUCACUCACUCCAAGCAGAGAAUCAGUCUCUUUGUCGAUGGCAAGUUCAUUCAGAACUACAGCACGGCCAACUAUCCCAAGGUCAUCACCAAGGACAAGCCCAUCCAAGGUUGCAUUGGUCGACGACUGUACACCAGUCUACCAAACAACAACAGCAACAACAACAGCUUCAGCAAUCUUAGCCAGCUGGUCAGCCAGGCGUCACAGAGCAGCUUCAACAGUCUCAGCUCGAUCGAUCCCGACUCCUUCACCAACGCGCCCACUUCUUCGACGCCUCAGAGCGAGAAGGGCUUCUUCUGUGGACAGAUGGGCACGAUCCACUUCUUUGAGGGCAUCUGGGAGGCACCAUCCUGUCUCAAGGUGUUCAGUCGUGGCAAUCUCUACAACAACUCCUACAAGCCACUUGGCAUCGAGAGCAAGGAGUUCUUGGUGAUCAAGCCUGCUUCAUCGCCAUCGAAUGUCAUCGAACCCAUUGCCAACCCAAUCACAUCAUCGGCGUUGUCAAUGUCGGGCGAUGUCUUCUUGGCCCCACCUCCACCAGUCCAGAUACCAGCGGUGCUAUCGCCACCCUCAUCACCUCCAAUCACAAGGAACUUGUCGUUCCAAGGUCAGCUGCCUGGUCAGACGAGCGCAUCAGGCAGCAACAUCUCACCAAGUCAGAACAACUCAUUCCUUCUCGCUCAGGACCUCCAAUCGACGUCUACGCCUCCAUCAUCCGGCAGCGGCAGAGAGGGCAAUGUUCUUGUCAACUCUGGCGAUCAUGUUCUGCAAGUUCCCAAGGAGGAGACAUCUCUCCUCAAGAAGUCAAUGUCCAUUCUGGUGCCAAUCGAGACACAGGGUGCGGUCAUUGAGUUCAUUGGCGUCAAUGUUCAUCAGACACGUUGUCUCAAGGAUGUGAUCAAGGAGGUGGGUGGCAUCCAUCUCUGUCUUCCCUUCCUUGACAUGGCUCCAGCACAACAAGUGGCCGGUCUUCGCAUCCUUGCUGGAUUACUACACAAGAGUGACUCCAACAAGGCACAGUUCCGUGAGCUCAGUGGAUUCGCCAUACUCUAUCACCUUUUGUUGCGAUUCUCCUCACAUUCGACAAACCCAGCGCUCUCGACCGAGCUCACAAUGGAGACGUUUGAGAUCCUCUUUGACCUGUUGCUCGAUGGCAUGAACAACCUGUCCGACACUAAGCAGCUCUGGAGCCACGACUGCAUCAAUCUAAUCCUGGACCUGCUACCAUCCUGCACAGAGGAACUACAGCUGCAUGUGCUCAAGUACUUCAACAACCUGCUGAACAACACAUCGUACGACACCCUACGCCUUUGGAUCACAAACACUGGUGGCGAGGGAGCCUCCAAGAUCAACCACCUGCUGACGCUGUCGCUGAAGCUCGAGUCCGAGUCGGUCUUCCUGUACAACAUCCUCAAGAAGACUCUGCCACACAUGGCCAUCGAUGACGUUGAGUCAAUCUUUGAGUACAUGCUGUUCAACAACAAUGGCGUCUACGAGAAGAUCCACACCAAGUCCAAGAUCCUUGACAUUGUCUACGAGGAGAUGCGCAAGUGUCCUUCAUUGCUCGAGCACCUGCGCUCACUGGGUGGCUUCAACAUUGUCUUCUCGAUGAUAGAGAUACCCAACGAGGAGAUCAGAGUCACUGCAAUCAAGAUGAUCGGUCUGCUGAUGCACUCCAACUCCAAGGCAGCGUCACUCUUCCGUAGGAACAGUGGCUUUGACCUGUUGGCCGUCAUGCUCUCUCGCUAUCCACCCUCACUGGCCGUGUGCCGCGCUCUUACCGUUCUUAUGGUGGAUGGCUAUCGCUUCGACCCCAAGUGCGUGUCUGAGACCAAGCAACGAUCGUCCAGUUGGAUAUCUCUCGACUUUUUCACCAGAGACAAGAGCUCAGAUGCUUUGUCGGCAAUGGCAAACAAGGACGCCAACAGAGACACCAGCAAGGAUAGCAGUGUCAGUGAUGAUUCAUCAAGCGAUCACGUCGAUGACAUGCAGGGUAUGGAGAACAGAGGCGACGGCAGAACCAUCGUCUACCCAGAGGCCCUCCACACUGUUAUCAUGUUACUCUACAAUCUUCCAAAUCAACAACAACAACAGCAACAGCAACAACAAGACGUUGAGGCUAUUCGCAAUGUUCAGUACCAAUCACUGGUGGAGAUUGAGAAGAUCUUGGACAAUAUGAACAUGGAGAUUCUCUGGAAUCAAUCAUGGUUCGAGUGGCUGUACCAAUUCAUCGAGAAUCAGGGCUUCCAGUUGACCAAGGAGAACAAGGUCUACAAGCAGACAUUAUCCAUUUGCAAGAAGAUGUUGAUACACGACGUUGUCAAGAAGACUUCAAAGAUCAUCAAGGUCAAAGAGGUCUGCAUUGACCUGGAGGAGUUUUAUGUACAUAUUAUGGACUCUGUUUUGGAUUACAUCGAGAGGGACUUUGUCUUGGCGACAAAUGAAGCCAAUGAUAUCAUCAAGAACCUGGUACUCUACUUCAAGACAUUGGAGGACAUUGCUGUACCACCAGUCACAUCAAUGAGGAUACUCAACUCUAUCAAUCAAUUGGCCUUCCACAACACACCAUCCAUCCGAGCAUCCAUGAAGUCCAACGGACUCUUUGACCUCAGAGAUACAUUGAUCAUCCAGUUGUUAAGAUGUGAUAUCAAGGGAGUUAUAAUGACAUUUGAUUUUGAAUGCGUUGUGGACCAGAAGGCAUUCAGAGAAGCAAACAAUGGCCUCCUGUACUUGCUCUACUUCUUCCAUAUCUCUGUCAAUGAUCCACAAUUGCAGUAUGACAUCUGUGCCAUUCUCAAGAACGUCUUUGGCAGCAGCGAGGAGAACAGGAAGAUCAUAUCCAAUAUCCUUGAGGACGCCACUGUGAUCCAUCUCUUCUUUGACAACAACAACAUGUCACAACACUCACCAGUGGCAGGACACCACAACAACGAUGACAUAGAGAACAACGAUCCAAUCACCUACUUUAUCGAGAGCUACUACCGUGAAGAGUUCACCCCCAAGCGCAUCGAGAUCGAGACGAGAAUCGGCAAGCUCCUGGCACCAGUCGAGACCAAGUUCAACAGUCAGCAGGAGAAGUUGGUCAAGUCAAAGGAGAAGCGCAUCAAGCAGAGGAAGGACAAGAUAUCCAAGCAGCAGUCUACCAUCCAAAAGUUGGUGCAAGAGACUGAGGAGAAGCGCAAGAUCAGGGCCAACAAGAUGCAGACACAGUACACCAGCAGAUCAAAGCAGAUGCCCAUUCACUCUGAGGAGCGUCUAAAGUUGGGCAAGGAGCGAUGGGACUACUUCAAGCAGAAGCUAUGGGACUCUGUACUGUGGAUCAACAACAACGACAAUGGUGGUGUCACAACACAAUCAUCGUCCUCCUCCUCCCCAUCCAAAUCAAUUCUACCUUACACAUCGCUCAUACCAAACGAAUCAAACAAUAGUACUACUACAAUGCCGACGACGACGACUACCAACACUACCUCAACAAACAGCAAUAACAACAAUAGCAGGCAACCUCAACCAACCGAACAACCAAACACCGCAGUGUAA